AUGCCGCCCGUGCUGCCCCCAGACGACACGCUCUGGUGGUGCGACCCGAGCACGGAGUACGCAUUCGUCGGGUUCAGCUACGAGGUGACCGCCUGCCAGAGCCUCGAAACGCUUCAUCGCGAGUUCGCAGACAUCCGCUACCACUUCGACUCGCGCUAUGUGCGCUUGUACGGCGCGUGCGACCGCGACGGGUUCUAUGACGACAUCGUCGACGCCGCCUGGGCUAACACGCUAGGCGUGCACGCCCUCAUCUGGUUCGGCUUCACGGGCGGGGACAUCUGGGAGACGCGGCGCGACACGCUGCUCGCGACACUGCACGCGAACCCGCGUGCCAAAUUCGUCACGCGCGGCGUGCAGUUUGGCUCGGAGCCGCUGUACGACAACGUGCUCCCGCACCAGGUGCUCGCGGAGCAGGUCCUGCUCGCUAAGGCGAACCUCUCGAGCCUCGGCAUCCCCGUGACGGUGAGCGAGCUCGCGUACGGGUACCAGGAGCGCGGGGGCGCGCAGGACGUGCUCGACGCGGUCGACUUUAUCAACAUCCACAUGCUGCCGUUCUUCGACCAGGACGCGUCGACGGCGAACGCGUCCUGGCCGAUUGUGGUGGACAAGAACCUGGACUGGUUUAUCGAGCACGGGGACGGGAAGAAGAUGUAUUUUGACGAGAACGGAUGGCCGUCCGUGACGUCCCCCAACGUUCAACCGAACAGCCCGUAUGCGGUCGCAAACAUCCCGAACGAGCACGCAUACUUCGAGCUGCUCGACUCCAAGUGCGAGUUCCUCAAGGCGGUCGAGGGCGGCGGCGUCGGCUGGUUCGCGCACAUCUACUCGGACAACAUGGAGCCGGGCUACGGCAUCUACAACACGUCGGGACACCCCAAGUUCCCGUUCCACCCGCGCACCGAGUGCUGA